AUGUUCAUAUCCCUCUCCGUCUAUCUAUCUAUCUAUCUAUCUAUCUAUCUAUCUAUCAGUGUGUUCAUAUCUCCCUCUUUCUCUCUCUCUCUUAAUCUCUUUAGCUACCUAUUUCUCUGUCUCCGUAUGUUCAUAUCCUCUCCGUCUAUCUAUCUAUCUAUCUAUCUAUCUAUCUAUCUAUUCAUCAGUGUGUUCAUAUCUCCUCUUUCUCUCUCUCUCUUAAUCUCUUGCUACCAUUUCUCUGUCUCCGUAUGUUCAUAUCCCUCUCCGUCUAUCUAUCUAUCUAUCUAUCUAUCUAUCUAUCUAUCUAUCAGUGUGUUCAUAUCUCCCUCUUUCUCUCUCUCUCUUAAUCUCUUUAGCUACCUAUUUCUCUGUCUCCGUAUGUUCAUAUCCCUCUCCGUCUAUCUAUCUAUCUAUCUAUCUAUCUAUCUAUCUAUCACUACCUAUUUCUCUGUCUCCGUAUGUUCAUAUCCCUCUCCGUCUAUCUAUCUAUCUAUCUAUCUAUCUAUCUAUCUAUCUAUCAGUGUGUUCAUAUCUCCCUCUUUCUCUCUCUCUCUCUUAAUCUCUUUAGCUACCUAUUUCUCUGUCUCCGUAUGUUCAUAUCCCCUCCGUCUAUCUAUCUAUCUAUCUAUCUAUCUAUCUAUCUAUCUAUCUAUCUAUCAGUGCGUUCAUAUUUCCUCUUUCUCUCUCUCUCUUAAUCUCUUUAGCUACCUAUUUCUCUGUCUCCGUAUGUUCAUAUCCCUCUCCGUCUAUCUAUCUAUCUAUCUAUCUAUCUAUCUAUCUAUCUAUCUAUCUAUCAUCUAUCUAUCUAUCAGUGCGUUCAUAUUUCCCUCUUUUCUCUCUCUCUCUCUUAAUCUCUUUAGCUACCUAUUUCUCUGUCUCCGUAUGUUCAUAUCCUCUCCGUCUAUCUAUCUAUCUAUCUAUCUAUCUAUCUAUCAGUGCGUUCAUAUUUCCUCUUUCUCUCUCUCUCUCUUAAUCUCUUUUUACCUAUUUCUCUGUCUCCGUAUGUUCAUAUCCUCUCCGUCUAUCUAUCUAUCUAUCUAUCUAUCUUACUUUUUACCCUAUCUGUUCUCACAAAGUUCCUUCUGCUGUAUUUCAGACUUCCUCUCUUAUUUUAUCAUUUUAUUAUCUAAAUUCUUCCCCUCUCUCUCUCUCUCUCUCUCUCAGUUAUUUUGCCCUUUUCUUCCCCACUCUUUCCUUCUUUAUGUUGGACUAGUUUUCUUCCUUUCACUUUCCCAAUCUCACGUCUUCAUGACCCACGCUUCUUUUUUUUUUUUAAUAUUAGUUUCUUCUCUUAACAUUAUGCCCAUGUUUUCUUUUUAUUUAAAUUACUUUUUCAACUCUCUUUGGAGUUAUUUUCGUUUCAGUUUGGGGCCAGCACUGCGAAACAGUGAAGGCGGAGGUGGGACAUUUCGUCUAUGGCGCCGGCGGCAGGUCUAUCCUUUUCUUUCUACAUCUCUUUCUUUCUUUUUUACUUUAUUUUCUAAAUGCCAUUCUUUCUUUCUAAUUUUCAUUUAUUCCGGACUUUUUCUUUCCAAAUCUCUUUCUUUCUUUCUUUCUACAUUACUUUUACUUAAUUUCUUUCCUCAUUUCUUUCUUUCGAAAUGUCAUUUUUACAAAUUUCUUUCUUUCUAUAUUUCUUUCUUCCUUUGUAAAUUUUAUUCUUUCCGCUCUUCUUUCUUUCUAUAUUUUUCUUCUUUCUAUCUUCUUUCUUUCUUUCUUUCUUUCCGCAUUUCUUUCUUUCUUUCUUUUUUUCUUUCUUUCUUUCUUUCUUUCUUUCUUUCUUUCUUUCUUUCUUUCUUUCCGCAUUUCUUUCUUUCCGCAUUUCUUUCUUUCUUUCUACAUGUCUUUAUUUCCUCGUUUCUCCCAUGA